AUGGACUCUCAGCCCAAUGGUACUUCUGCCAACACUGCCCAUUCCUCAGCAUCUGCAUCUGGUGCACAUAACAGUAGCCAGAGCGGUACCAGCAAUAGUAAUUCUCUCUCUGGGGAGAAAUUAGAUGAAGCAGUUACUUACAUGGCAGGUUAUCUGGGGAAGGGAGACCAAGUUGUCCCGUCAGAUAUAGAGUAUCAGAUGGAGUUGGCACUAGCUGCGGCAGGGCCAGAAAGUGAAGCGAAGACACAUAGUAUUCAGUCCAAUAUAUCCCCCUCAACCGGGAACCCUGGAAGUCAAAGUAGCAAGCAGGGUCAUUAA